CUAAAUUAUAAACUAUGGAGUUUGAGAAUAAUAAUGGAUCUCAAAGUCCAUCAUCACCAAACCCUAGAUGUUCAUCUCACAAGAGGAAAGCUGGGAGAAAAAAGUUCAGGGAAACACGACACCCGGUGUAUAGGGGUGUACGGCAAAGAAACGGGAACAAAUGGGUGUGUGAAAUAAGAGAACCUAAAAACAAAUCAAGGAUUUGGGUAGGGACUUACCUUACUCCUGAAAUGGCUGCUAGGGCACAUGACGUGGCUGUCUUAGCACUUAGUGGCACCUCAGCCAAGUUCAAUUUUCCUGAAUCAGUUUCCCUUCUUCCACUUCCAAACUCAUCUUCUGCUAUUGACAUAAGAGCUGCAGCAGCAAAAGCUACUUCUGCUGACCUCACAUUUUCUUCCUCUCACAAUGGGAAUAAUGCUCAUCAAUGUCCUUGUUUCAACUUCAGCAUGCUCGGAUUGGAGGGUAUUCCUGAUAGCAAUAGCAAUGAUGAGUCCCAAACAAUGUUUUUUGAUGAGGAGGCACUCUACAAUAUGCCAGCUUUGUUGGAUAGCAUGGCAGAGGGUUUGCUUCUCACCCCGCCAUCUAUCAAAACACCAAUGGAUUGGGAUGAUCUUGCUUCUCAAAUAGACCUCACUUUGUGGACUAACUAAUUCCAUAUAUACUUAUACCAUCUGCCUCCAUUUUAAACUUUAAUCAAUGUUCCUAGGAAUAUUUACAGAUUACACUUUAAUUAAGUUUUUAUAUUUACAGUGAGAAUCAAACUUGCUUAUAUCUUUGUGAGAUAUGAGUAUGACUCUCUUUUGUAUUAAUUGAAUCAAACUUCAAUGGUACACGUACUUUUUUUUUU